AUGGCCACGACUUCUUCUAACUCCAAAAGGCAUCCAAUGUAUCAUGGAAUCCGGAGCCGCGGUGGUAAAUGGGUUUCUGAAAUCCGGGAGCCACGCAAAACCACUCGUAUAUGGCUUGGCACAUUCCCAAAGCCGGAGAUGGCGGCGGCCGCAUAUGAUGUUGCAGCCCUGGCCCUAAAAGGUAAUGGUGCAGUUCUGAACUUCCCAAGUUCUGCUGGGACUUAUCCUGUGCCUGCUACGGCAUCAUCCACUGAUAUUCCUAUGAUGAUCGUUCCUUCUUUAUCUUUAUCUUUUAUUCUCUACUUGUUAAUUGACCAUGAUGAUGGAUUUCAGUCACUUUUCGAACUUCAAUUUGACAGUCCAUGA